CAUGUUGGGCAUCACUGUUGUCGCCGCGCUCCUGGCCUGCGCCUCCAGCUGUGGGGUCCCCAGCUUCCCGCCCAACCUGUCAGCCCGGGUGGUGGGAGGAGAGGAUGCCAGGCCACACAGCUGGCCCUGGCAGAUCUCCCUCCAGUACCUCAGUGGUAGCACAUGGAGCCACACAUGCGGCGGCUUCUUGAUCUCCAGCACGCACGUCCUCACAGCCGCCCACUGCAUCAGCAACUCCCGGACCUAUCGUGUGGGCCUGGGGAAGAACAACCUGGAGGUGGAAGACGAGGAAGGCUCCGUGUACAUGGCUGUGGACACCAUCUUUGUCCACGAGAAGUGGAACUCCUUCCUGGUGCGCAACGACAUUGCCCUCAUCAAGCUGGCAGAGCCCGUGUUGCUGAGUGACACCAUCCAGGUGCCUUGCCUGCCUCAGGAGGGCACCGUGCUGGCACAGGACUACCCCUGCUAUGUCACUGGCUGGGGCCGCCUGUGGACCAAUGGCCCCAUCGCGGACGUGCUGCAGCAGGGCCUGCAGCCCGUGGUAGACUACGCCACGUGCUCCCAGAGCGACUGGUGGGGCACCACGGUGAGGGACACGAUGGUGUGCGCCGGGGGCGACGGCGUCAUCUCGGCCUGCAACGGGGACUCGGGUGGCCCGCUGAACUGCCAGGCUGAGAACGGCUCCUGGGAGGUGCACGGCAUCGUCAGCUUCGGCUCAUCGCUGGGCUGCAACACCCGCAAGAAGCCCGCAGUCUUCACCCGUGUGUCCGCCUACAUCGACUGGAUCAACGAGGUGGGUGCCCCCUCCACACCCUCACCCUGCACCCUCCCUCCCCCCUGGGUGCAGUGA